GUUUGCUGUAGGCUACAUGUGUAUUGUCCCUACUUGCACCAGAGCUGAACUGUGGGGAGGGACACCGAGGGGGGAAUCCUCUUAACCAGGUAAUCUCAGCACCCAUCUGCUGUUGAGGUCAUCCACCACAUCCAGCCCCUGCUAAUGUUAUUUCUCACUCGGCUGACACAGGCGAAGGUAAGAGAAACUUUCUGAGAGGAGGAUCGAUACACAGGCUGGCAGCACAGUACGAGGAGGUGACAUGUUAUUCUGUUUUAUCUCCUCCAGACCAUGCUGCUGUCUCCUCAGGCAGAGAGGAACUGGGAGGAUCUGUGUACAAUGCUUGAGGAUGUACUGGAGGACCAGUCGCACAGGCAGCUGUUUGCCUUAGAGCUGGGCUCAGGAACAGGGCAGCAUGUCAUUCGCUUUGCCCAGAAGAUGCCUUUUGUUACCUGGCAGCCAUCAGACAUCAAACAGGAAUCUCGAGACAGGUUGGUCUUCACAAGAAAGUCAUGUUUGCACGUCAAACACAGAGACAUCAUUAUUAUGCACAGAUUUUAAGAAACUGAAAAAAAUACAGUAAAUAUAAAUACUUUUCUACAGUAUUAAGGCAUAUAUAAAUGCAACCCAUGCAAAGACUGUGCUGCAGCCUGUCCACCUGGAUGCCAGUGAACCUUGGGAGAAAUGGGCAGGCCUACCUCGCAGCUCCUGUGACGUUAUAGUUGCCAUCAACUUACUGCAAUACAGCUCCUUUAAAACAGCACAGGUUGGCCUCCUUUAUGAGCAAGAAUCAGGAUGUUUAGAAGAAGUAUUUGUUAAAACAGAUCCAUAAUGAAUAAAACAUGCAAAUUUCUGUGUAAUAUGGGUCUACAUCUUUUUAAAUCUAUCUUUCCCAGGGUGUUUUCAGUGGAGCAGGUCAAAUCCUCAAACAGAACGGGCUUCUAAUAACAUACGGGGUAAGAACCAACAUCUAAGACCAGUCAAGAUGUUUCAAAAUUUCUUUAAAAUAAUGUUUACUUUCCUAUCCAUGAAAAUUGUCUCAGGUGUAUGCCGUUAAUGGAACCAUAACACCAAGUUGUAAUGAACAGCUGGAUGAAGAGCUGCGUAAAAUGUGAGAGGAUUGGUAUUUUCGUUUUGGAUUAUUAUAAAGCAAGAACAACAAGACAACACAUUGGUUUUUGCUCUGCAAGCCUAGUGUUAACACUAGCAUUUAAAUGUUAUAUGCAGGAAUCCAGAGUGGGGUCUUCCAGACACCGACGUGCUGAGACAGAUGGCUUAUGGGAACGGCCUACGCAUGGAGAGGAUGGUGAGUUAUAAUCUAUAGUGUUGCUGCAUUUCUUUAUGAGCGCUACAUUAAAGCAUUGAUUCAUGUUUGUUGUUCUUUUGCAGAUUGAGAUGGAAAAUUACUAUAAAUGCCUCAUAUUUAGAAAACUUUGAUGAAGACAAACCACUCAAGGAUGGAAGAUUUUUUAAUGGUGAAACUCCACAAUAACGAGCCAUAUUGUACAGAAAAGGUUAUUGUCAUUUCUUAAUGUAAUGGGAAGUCUUUACACUAGAAAACCAAAGUUUAAAAAUAAUGUUGAAAUGUGCACAAGUGUGAUAUUUGAGUUUGUAUUUCCUGACGUUGGAAUAAACACAACCUACUUUUAAAA